AUAAUCCAUUUGUGAGAACCGGUUCUUAUGAACGAACAUUACAAAAGAACCGACUCGCAGAAUUGAGUCGGACCUCCCAUCGCUAGAAGGUGAUCCGUCGUGAGCGCGCAAGAUGACGUCGCAAUGCGCUCCUGUCGUGAUGGUGGCGGAUCGUGCACGCGCUAAAUCGGUAAUGGCUGCCCUAGAUCGGCGGAUUUCCAUCGUUGACUUUGCAGAGCAAAGCUGGACCGCUUGGAUCGACAGAGCAAACGUAUCCACGCCGGAGGGGACCUCUCUGGAAGAGUGCAGCAAAAAUGUGAAGAAACGGAUGGAAACCAUGACUCUUAAGAAAGAGGACAUGUCGAUAUAUGGCCACUGCCCAGCACAUGAUGACUUCUUCCUGGUGGUGUGCAGCCACUGUGGGCAGGUGGUGAAGCCACAGGCGUUUGAGAAGCAUUGUGAGCAUCGUCAUGGCCUCUUCAGCGAGCUCUACGACACGUCAUCCAACUGCUCUCCUGACCGACCGCAACAGGGGAGACCCCCUUCGCAACAUGGAAGCCUUUGUGAGGUUCAAGACAGCAGGCACCAGGGGGCUGGUCCCCCACGAGUCCCACCACCUCAUUCCCUCCAUCAGGGACAUUCCAAACCACAGCGUGAAGGAAUCAGGCUUCAGCAGGUGGAUAAAGUUUCCCGUGAAACUCCUCCAUCACCUCAUUUGCCCACGCCACCAAAAAAAGCAGCCCCAUCAGUCGAGAAACCAAUCCAGAAAAGUUUGGAUUCACACACUCACCCGCACGGACCAAGAACAUACAGCAGAACCUACAAGAAAGUCCUUAAGAAAGAAUGUGACUUGGACAAGCACUGUGGGGUAAUGGAUCCUGAGAGAAAGAAACUGUGCACCAGACUGCUGACUUGUAAUAUUCAUUCCAUCCAUCAGCGCCGGCAAGUGGUAGGGAGGCGGAAACCUUUCGACCAGCUUGUAAUGGAGCUGAAGAUGAGCUCAAAGCCUCGAGAGCGCCCCCCUUUGCCCAGAGAGGUUCCUGAUGAAGGCAUUGCCCACCAUGAGACCCCUGUGUCUCAGUUUGGGCCUUUGCACUACAAAUGCCAAAUAACUAACUCUUCUAUUCUCAGGUCCAUGAAUUCAUCAGAGAGUGUUGUAGAGAUGAAGCAGGAGGUGAUGCGCUCUGAGGAGCCGCAGGUGGAGUCUCUCUCAGCCGAUCUCUCCAGUGAGGAGAGUGACGGGGAGAACCGUGAGGACUUUGCUCAUUUACCAGCAAGCACCCUGCACCCUAAACCCCUGGGUUUUUGCACCUUCGGGGCACGUGUUCUUGGCCAUAGUGUGUUGGCGUUUGACCGAAGGUUGCUCCACCUGCGGUCAGCUUUCAGUGUUAUGAUGGAGCAGCACCUCAGCACUUAUCUAUGGAAGAAAAUCCCUCAGGUGUCAGAACUAUGCUCUCAUCAAUCCCUAAACACCACAAAUACCUACAAUUCCCAUGAUGCCAUGCGCAGCUCAGUACCCAUCCGCAGCGCCUCUACUCUCAGGACAAGCACCUCAGGACAAUCAGAGCCCACUAACCUAACAGCCGCCUCCAAACUACCACCGAAAGCCCAGACGACCUCAGGCCCUGCCCGGCCCCGUAACCCUGCGGGUCGGACCAGCAAACAGGCUUUGCAAGCAGGUUUCAGGGAGCUCCAGGAGAGUCCCACAGCCAGCAAGCGCCGGAAAUCACCCAAAGAGGACAAGGACUCACCUGGACAGUCCAAAAUCCUAUUUCUCCCCCACCACAAAGACCGCCAGUCCUCCUUGAACAGAACUACGAUUUCUUCACCACAUGGACCAUUUAAUGGCACACACUCACUUGGCAGCAGAACACACCCACCUGAAAUGAAAGGGCUGCUUAAGCAAAGCCCCGCCCACAUCUCCCCCUCUCCCUCCCCAGAGUCUGAUAAGGGAGGGGCCUCAGGGCUCAAUCAAAGGGCUGUUGGGUACGAGCAUAAAGGGCCUGGCAGGAAACGCAAGACCUGCGACGCCUCUCCCCGCAAAAACAAUUCAUGUGCCCCUAAACCCAAUAUCCUUUCCUCUUUCUCCCAAACUCACUCCAGCCUGGUGUCCUGGGGUGGGGAUGGCAGACCAGCAUCAACCUCCCACAGUCUGCCAAAGAAACUAGGUGCACAGAAGCCAAAGCUUCUUCACUGAGGGAGUCUGCCUUAAACUCCUCCAGAAGCACGGGCUUACUGCCAUGUAUUUGCCACAGACUUAAUGCACAGGGAUGGUUGAAGUUCACUGUAGGAGGAUGUAUCUAUAUGUGUGUGUGUGUGUGUGUGUGUGUGUCUGUGUUUUGUAUACUGGAUUUCUAUGUGAAUGAAUGUGUUUUUGAAUGACCUGCAAAUGAAUAUAGAAAUACCUCAAGACCUUCCUUAUGCUGCUAAACGGACUGUCAGAUAAUGGACUCUGAAAUAAAUAUGCCAACACGU